CCGAAUAACGAUCACAACAUGAUAACAACAUUCUGAUUUAGUUAAUUGUGAGCCGCGGCUGGUGGACUCGUCUAAAAUGUUAAUUUAUUUAUUAACGACUGCGAUUUUACUGUGCGUUAUUCAUGUGUUUUUUAAUUACAAUAGUGUAGCAAGGGCGCUAAGAAAAAUACCAGGCCCGAAGGAUGCAUUUAUAAUUGGAAACGCGCUUGAAAUUAUAGUUCCACCAGAUAAAUUAAUGGACUUAGGGCGAGACUUUGCAAAGAGAUUUCAUGGAAUUUACAGAUUUUGGUGUUACCCGUUAGGGGCAGUGACCAUCUAUAAUCCAGAAGAUAUAGAGAUAAUUAUGUCAACAAUGAAACACAGCGAAAAAAGCAUAGUAUAUAAUUUAUUGAAACAAUGGCUACAGGAAGGGCUGCUGUUAAGUAACGGUGAAAAAUGGCAAACUCGUCGUAAAAUCCUGACGCCCACCUUUCACUUUAAUAUACUGCGGCAGUUCAGCGUGAUUCUGCAGGAGAACGCGCAGCGGCUCUUGACUGUUCUUGAGGCGGCUUCGGAGCGGCCCGUCGACGUCGUGCCCAUCAUAUCCGAGUUCACACUUAGCUCCAUUUGUGAAACCGCGAUGGGGACGCAAUUAAAUGAACAGGAAACCAAUGCCGCAAGGACUUACAAAGACACGAUAUACAGAAUUGGUCAUAUUUUCAGCAAACGUUUCGCGAGGAUAUAUUUGUUUUCAGACUUUAUUUUUAAUCUCACGUCGUUGGGCAGAGAGCAGAAUAAGCAUUUGAAAAUAAUUAGAAAUUUUACUAAAACUGUCAUAGAACAAAGAAAGUUGAUGCUUGAGAAUAAUAUAAAUUCAGAUGCAAUAAAGGACGCCGAAGAAUAUGACGAUAUUUUUAUGAGGAAGAAGAAAAAAGUAGCUAUGCUAGAUUUAUUAAUAUCUGCUGAAAAAGAUAGACUGAUUGAUGGUGCAGGUAUACAAGAAGAAGUCGAUACAUUCAUGUUUGAGGGCCACGACACGACUGCUUCGGGAUUGACAUUUUGCAUGGUGGCGCUAGCUAAUAAUAGGGACAUACAGAACAAAAUUGUAGCAGAAAUUAAAGACUUGUUUUGCGAGUCCGACCGCGCUAUUACCAUGGACGAUAUUAACAACUUGCCGUACCUAGACCGCUGCAUCAAAGAAUCGCUACGGAUCUAUCCUCCCGUGCAUUUUAUUAGCCGUAAAUUGACUGAAGAUGUUAAAUUGAGCAACAAAUACGAUGUCCCCGCUGGAGUGGGAUGCCACAUCUCCAUCUACGACCUGCACCAUCGCGAGGACCUCUACCCGGACCCAUCCCGGUUCGACCCCGACCGAUUCUUGCCCGAACAUUGCGCCCGGAGACACCCCUACGCAUACAUACCCUUUUCCGCAGGACCUAGGAACUGCAUAGGUCAAAAGUUUGCACUGCUCGAGAUGAAAUUAGUGUUAGCGGAAGUGUUGCGGAAGUUCGAGUUGCAGCCGGUCACCCGACCGGAGGACCUCAGCUUCAUCGGGGACCUUGUAUUGAGGAACAAGGGUCCCGUCUACGUCAACUUUAAGAAAAGGAACUCUGCCGCGACACAGUGAUACCUAGGCAACUAAAUUUAAAU